UCUAUGGUUAAAAUGUCGAAUGAAUUUUACGAGCAGGAGCAACCCUAGAAGUGUUGAGUUUGUUUGCAGCUGUUGAAAUCGAGAUUCAGUCAGCAGCUAACCCAACCCUCCUCCUCCUUCUGUAUUAUGUCCCUUGGAAGAAGAUGGUGGGAAUGAUUUCGAUGGAGAAGUUUUCCGGCCUCAUUCACUCCGCCAAAUUCUCCAGCGAUGUCCCUUCGAAGCUGGACAACUUACGCAAGCUUAAAGAUCUCGACCCUCACCUCCUCUCACACUUGUUCCCUCAACUUCUCGAUCUUCACACCGACCGCUCCAGCCCCGUUCGCAGAUUCCUUGCAGAGAUCGCUGGCGAUGUUGGGUUGAAUAACACGGAUUUAUUCCCUGAUAUUGUACCUCUUUUGUUAACUCUCUUAAGAGAUGCUACACCUGCCGUUGCUAGACAGGCCAUCACUUGUGGAAUCACUUUAUUCCGACGCUCUCUUAUCAAAACUGCUAUUCAGGGCCUGUAUUCAAGUGACCUCCAUGAUUCUCUCCAGUCAUCAUGGUUAUGGAUGUUGAAGCUUAAAGAUGAAAUUUAUUCUAUGGCAUACCAGCCUCACAGCGAUGGGAGACAGUUGCUUGCACUCAAAUUCGUUGAAGCAGUCACUCUUUUAUAUACAGCUGAUCCUAGUGCUUCUACUGAACCACCUGAAGAUCACACUUCUAGAGAUGAAUUUAACAUAGCAUGGCUUCGUGGGGGCCAUCCCAUACUUAAUGUUGCUGAUUUAUCAGUAGAAGCCAGCAAGAAUCUGGGUUUGUUGCUUGACCAGCUAAGAUAUCCAGCAGUCAAGUCACUCAGCAAUAUGGUUGUUAUUGUGUUAAUUAAGAGUCUUUCAGAAAUUGCUAAGAAAAGGCCUGCAUUUUAUGGCCGUAUUCUUCCGGUUUUACUUGGGUUGGAUCCAUCAACUUCUGCUGUGAAAGCUGGUCAUGUUUCCGGGGUUCAUCAUGCUUUAAAAAAUGCUUUUCUUACCUGCUUGAAAUGCAUGCACCCGGGUGCUGUACCGUGGCGAGAUCGUUUAGUUGGAUCACUUAGGGAAAUGAAAGCUGGUGAUUUGGCUGAAGAAGCUCUUCAGCAAGUUCUUAGGGGUAAUUCAUCGACCACACAGGAUAUAAAACCUUCCAUAGAAUCAUGUGAUGCUGUGCAUUCCAGUGCGGUUAGGAAAAGGCCUGAAGUACAGGAUGUUAAUAAAGAUGAUGAUGUACCUGGAAAGCGUGUGAAACCGAAUGAGGAGUUGAAGGGGAAGUCCUCAAGCAAACAGAAUGUAGAGAGUGGACCUGUGCAGCAGCUUAUUUCUAUGUUCAGUUCAUUGGUUGCACAGGGUGAACAGUCUGCAGCAAUGCUAGAAAUUCUUAUUAGUAGUAUUUCAGCCGAUUUACUUGCUCAAGUAGUCAUGGCCAACAUGCCAAAUCUUCCUCCAGUUCGCCCUAUAGAAGAGGCUGAGAACACCGAGUCCUAUCCUGCUACAGCUGGUGGUGCUAAUCUGUCUGCAUAUUUGACCGACAUAUUAUCAAAAUCCACCAAACCUCAAGUCACACAUUCUGAUUUUGAGACACACAAUGAUGAGGAACCUGAAAUGGAGGGUGAACAGCCUGCAACAAAAGACAGUGAUGAUGUAGCAGAUUCUACCACCAAUCAGGGUUUGGUACCUUCCGUCCCACCUGUUUUUCUUAAUAUACCACCAUCAAUACCGAUUGCUGGCUUAGGUACUCCAUCUGAAGAUAUAGAUAUAGGCGAACUUGAGGAUGGCAUACCUGGUCUGGAAUCAUCAGCCAAGAAUGAUGGAAUGCCUGAAAUUACCAAAAUGGACAUGUCACCAGUUGACUUGGAAGAUAACAGUCGAGACCAAAUUACCAAAAUGGAUAUAGUUCCUUCGGUGUCUAUGUCUACAGACAGAUCUGAGGAACUUAGUCCAAAAGCAGAAACAAAUAGCAACAAUUCCUCAACAUUAACUUCUCUUCAGUUAACAUCUAAAGUUGUCCUGCCAAAAAUGUCUGCACCUGUUGUUAAUCUCACUGAUGAACAGAAGGAUCACAUACAGAAAUCAGCCUUUAUACGCAUCAUUGAAGCCUAUAAACAUAUAGCAGUUGCUGGUGGUUCAGAGCUUCGUUUUUCUUUACUUUCCUAUUUAGGAGUUGAGUUUCCUUUGGAGUUGGACCCUUGGAGAUUUCUUCAAACACACAUACUCUCUGAUUAUACAAAUCAUGAGGGGCAUGAGUUAACCUUGCGCGUCCUCUAUAGAUUAUUUGGAGAAGCAGAAGCAGACCAUGACUUCUUUUCUUCAACAACAGCAACUUCUGUUUAUGAAAUGUUUCUUCUCAAAGUGGCAGAAGCACUCAGAGAUUCGUUCCCACCCUCUGACAAAUCUUUGAGUAGAUUGCUAAACGAAGUUCCAUACCUGCCAAAAUCAGUUGUUAAAUUAUUAGAGUGGUUGUGUGUUCCUGGAAACAGUGAGGAAGUGCACAGUGGAGAUAGAGUGCAUCAAGGUCUUAGCAUCGUUUGGAGCUUAAUUCUGCAUAGACCCCCCACUAGAGAUGCCUGCCUAAAAAUUGCUUUACAGAGUGCAGUGCAUCACUUGGAGGAAGUACAAACGAAGGCCAUACGUUUGGUGGCAAACAAGCUUUAUCCUAUGCCCUCCAUUUCUCAGCAAAUUGAAGAUUUUGCAAAGGAUAUGCUAUUAUCUGCAAUGAAUGCUGAUACUUCGGUUGAUGAUGGCUCCAAUACUGAAUUAGCCAUGGACACACAGAUGGAAAAACCUAUGACUGAGUCAGUAAGUGCCAACACCAAGGAUGGUUCUUCUGAGGGUACAUCUGAAAACAUUCCAUCCUCCUCGGUAACCGAUGCACAACGAUGCAUGUCACUAUAUUUUGCCCUUUGUACAAAGAAACAUUCUCUUUUCCGUCAACUGUUAGUUGUGUACAAGAACAUGUCAAAAGCUGCAAAGCAGGCAAUUAGUGUCCAAAUCCCGAAACUAGUUCGCACAAUUGGCUCAUCAUCUCAGCUUCUUGAAAUUAUUGCAGACCCACCUGCUGGAAGUGAGAACCUUCUGAUGCAGGUUGUACAAACACUAACAGAUGGGGCAAUUCCCUCUCCUGAGUUGAUAGCUACCAUUAAAAAGUUAUAUGACACAAAAUUAAAGGAUGCUGAGAUUCUUAUUCCAGUAUUACCGUUCCUGCCGAAAGAUGAGGUUCUUCAGAUGUUUUCUUGUUUUGUAAAUCUUCCACUAGAUAAGUUUCAGGCUGCACUUGCCCGUACCUUGCAGGAAUCAUCCGAGGGUGGUGCAGGUCUUACUCCAGCUGAAGUGCUGAUUGCUAUCCAUGGCAUUGAUCCUGACAAAGAUGGGAUUCCCCUCAAGAAGGUUACAGAUGCAUGCAACACUUGCUUUCAGCAACGACAGAUAUUUACGCAACAAGUUCUAGCAAAAGUUUUAAAUCAGCUGGUGGAGCAAAUACCUCUGCCAAUGCUGUUCAUGCGGACAGUAAUACAGACAAUUGGUGCAUUUCCCGCCCUGGUUGAUUUUAUUAUGGAGAUUCUAUCUCGUCUUGUGAGCAAGCAGAUUUGGAAAAACCAAAAGCUGUGGGUAGGAUUCUUAAAAUGUGCUCAGCUAACAAAGCCUCAAUCUUUCACCGUUCUACUUCAGCUUCCUCCUGCACAGCUGGAAAUAGCAUUGAAUAAACAGCCGGUACUCAAGGCUCCCUUGGCUUCCUAUGCAAGCCAACCAGACAUUCGUACAUCACUUCCAAGGUCCAUACUGGCGGUUCUUGGAAUACAACAGGACUCUCAAACUGAGAGUCAGGGGCAAACCACACAGUCUCAGGCCCAAUCACAGACAGUGUCUCAGGCCCAGUCUCAUACACAGUCUCAGGCCCAGUCUCAUACACAGUCUCAGGCCCAGUCUCAUACACAGUCUCCAGCCCAGUCACAUACACAGUCGCAGGCCCAGUCACAUACACAGUCUCAGGCUCAGUCACAAACACAGUCGCAGGCCCAGUCACAAACACAGUCGCAGGCUCAGUCACAAACAGUAGACACAGGCAAUUCAGGGAAAGAUGUGGCAGCUGAGGAACCAAAAGAAUCAAGUAGCAGCUGACGUGGUUGCUGAAGUGAAGACAUGUGCAAUUGGAUGGACUUUCAACAAUCUAUUUUCUUGUAGCAUAACUUCAAAUGUACGAGGCUAAAAUGUAAAGUAUUUUUUUGACCGAUAGGAGAUGCAAGUUUCAAAAACAUAAUUACCUCAUACAUGUUUGAUAUGCUGGUAUAAUUUCACUUGCCUAUCCAAGUGUUAAUUAUAUCUUAUUUCUUAACGUGUGAGAAGCGUACAGAUAACUAAAA